AUGCUGGCCGAGGACUCAACCGUCCAAAUGUCUGCCGCAACGAGAGAGGUGCUUAAAAGGGCGAGGCGGAUGAUUCCGCCGAUGCUGGAAAAGUUCCACAAGGGACAACUGGGAAGGGUGGCGGUGAUAGGAGGAAGCGAGGAUUACACUGGCGCGCCGUAUUUCUCUGCCAUGGCGAGCGCGAGAUUGGGCUGCGAUAUGUCUCAUAUUAUUUGCACUCCCGCGGCCGGAGCGGUCAUCAAGACAUAUUCGCCAAACUUGAUGGUUCAUCCGCUCAUGCGCCAGUCCUCCCCCUCUCAGAUGGAUACUGGAACACCGGACACGGAUCCAGGUCACAUUUCAGCGAAAAUUAUUGAAAUGCUACCUCGCUUUCACGUCCUCGUCGUUGGCCCUGGGUUGGGGAGAGACUCCCUCAUGCAGGACACGGUGGCGCGCGUUGUCCACGCCGCCCGAGGCAGGGACAUGCCCAUCGUUUUGGAUGCAGAUGCCCUGCAGAUUGUGCAAAAGAACCCGGGGCUUAUUAAGGGAUACGUUGGCGCGAUCCUCACGCCAAACGUUGUAGAGUUUGGCCGCUUGUGGGAUGGGCUUAAGCUCGAGGAUCCAGGAAACAUAGGCGACACGGGCAGAGUGGAGGCACUGGCAAAGGCGUUGGGUGGUGUCACAAUCAUCCAGAAAGGUGCCAAUGAUUUCAUCUCAAAUGGAACGACGACGUUGACGGAUGAUUUAGAGGGAGGUAGGAAGCGGAGCGGUGGACAGGGAGAUACGCUGACAGGAACGGUGGCGACGUUCCUGGGCUGGAGGAAGGCGUAUAUGGAUCGACUGUGGGAUGUUGGUGAUGACCCGCUGGCUGCGGAAGAGCUGGUGGGUUUGGCGGCCUUUGGCGGGAGUGCCAUCACGAGAGAGUGCUCUCGACUGGCAUUUCUCAAGAAGGGACGCAGCCUGCAGGCGAGUGACCUAACCGAAGAGAUCCACAAUGCAUUCAUGACGCUGUUCGGAGAGGCGGAUGAGGACGUUGCUUCAAGGCUGUAA